AUGACGCUUGACAAACAUAGUACUAUUCAUUUUUCACGACAUGAAAUAAAUUCCCUUCAUGCGAGUAAACCUAAGUUCCUUCCGGAAAAUGUUAAAUGGGAUGGAAAUGUUGAGGUAGCAGAUAUUGAUUGGAACGAGUCAUUUAUUAAGCCAUCGACCGGACUUCCUACUUAUCCUAUCAAUGUGAUUGACUUCUCGGAUGGCAAAAUUCGUGAAAGAGAUAUUCAAUGGCCAGAUAACGAUAAUGCUUUUGAUAACAAUUUUCAGGAAACAUAUAUCAAACAUUCACCAAAUUUGGAGGAUGUUGUUGACUCGUCAAAUGAUAUUGAAUCACAACAAAAUGUCGAUCUUGAAUCUUUACAGUGUUCAAUAUCUGAUGUUGACACUACAUCAAGCGCAAUUAUUGAUCUGGCCCAUCAAAUUAAAUCUAUUGCCAUCAACGAUGAUGAUAUAGAAUUCAGUGAAAUUUGCACACAAGAAGUAUCCCAUAAUUCUAUAAAUGAUGUAUAUGAUUUAUAUGGUGGAAUGAGUAACAGUGAAUGUUCCGAUCACUCUCCUGGAUAUUCAGAAUCAUGUGGAGAUGAAAAUGAAGCGUGUCAAUGGGACAAAUCUGGAGAUAUCGAAGCGCCUAAUCAGAUUAAUCAAGCAGAUGGCUGGUCAGAAAGUUCAUAUACGUUACAAACUAAAUAUGGACCUGAUCAAAAUCAUUCCAAAUUCAAUGACAUUCAGCAUAGUUCUAAAUCGAAUGUCACUAUUGCUAAUUAUAUCCGACGUCGACGUCGUCCACGCAGCUAUCUAGAACAACGUAAAGAUCCAAGAUAUAAUCCUGAUACAAAUCAUUGGAAGAGUGAGGCGGACUAUUUGUCAUUUGAUGGCCAAGAACGGAUUGAUCCUGAAAAACGAGAAAACGAAAAGUACGAUGCUGUUAUUCAAGCGGCAUUGGACGCAUGGGGAGCACAUAAGGAUGUAACUAUGGACGUUUUUAAAACGAAGCCGACUAAGGAUAUAAAAAAGUCAAAUGCUAUAAUAUUUGAAGAGGACGACAUAGUAUCACCAACUAUAUUAAGUAAUCAGAACUUACCGCCGAAAGAAACUCCUAAAUCAAAGUCCCCAAUCAUGUCUCCUCAAACAUGCCCAGUUGAUUCAUCAUCAUCUCAGUCAGUUGUCUUACAUCAAUACUCUCAGUCAAAUACGAUGUCAUUGCCAUUAGUAUUUCAUGAACAAUCUUAUGUAUCUCCUCUCCUCCAAGCUUUAUACAAAAGAAAUAUAGCUCAAGCCAAUUCUGUUGCAAAAUAUCUUGAUAGAUUUAAGAUUAAUUUAUCACCAAUUCUUUCUGUUGAACUACCUGCUGAUAUUGAAAUCGAAGUUACGCAGAAUAGCAAGUGGCCAGCUUAUUAUGCAGAUGUAGAUAAAAAUGAACGUCGCUAUUCAUGUGAAGAAACGAUAAAGAAAGCUCUCCAUCAUAUUAUGCACUCAAGAGUAGCAAUUAUUAAUGCAGCUCCUGUUACAUCUGAAGUUUUAUUGGUUACGAAGGCUGUACAACUUUUAUCUGAACCUCUGAGUCAAAGAACCAUUAUUGCCCCGAUAAUUGUCAUAGCAAAGAGUUCCCUAACACUCGACAAACUAUUGGUAGAACUCAUCCCCAUUUUCCCAAAUUUAAUUCGCGUUGGUUCAACUAAGCAAUGUAGGAAUCGUUCGCUUGCUGGAAGGCAAGUAGAUAAUCUUCAAAACGAAAUCAGUACAUUGUAUAAUCGACAAAUAGAACAUCUAAAAGAUGCGAGAAUUGAUUUAUUGAAAAGAAUAAAAGAACGUUUUACCCUCAUGUCAGAUUAUUACUUUCUUCAAUCAUCUCCAAGCCAGUUCAAAAAGCAAUUAUCGCGCCAUAAUAAUCGAAAAACUAAUUCUAUAUCGAGAAAUGUUGAGCUGAAAGAUUUAAUGAAUUGGCUGUCGAGUGAUAAUCCUCCAAAAUUUGAAAUUAAACAAUCUACAACAUUGUUUGAAGAAUCUACUACUCAUAGGCCUUUUAAAUUUUCUAUAAAUAAAACACCUUUACGUGAAAUUUUAUCUUCGAACCUGGAGAAUCUUUUUACUACCUCUUCGACCGAUCUUUAUUCAAAAAUAUCUUUACCUUUAAUGUUUUCAUCAAUCGAAGAGCUGGAAAAGAUUUUGUCAUUUGAUGAUGAUGAUUCUAAUGAUAUCGAUAGCAUUUACUCUCCAAACAUUGAAGAAUCACAAUUUAUUAACAACUUAAUUAAUCACCUGCCUCAAGAUCAGAAGCUUCUGUUUAAUAAACAAAACCAAUCCGCAAAUGUUCCAAAUGAUCUGAAAAAUGACAUUAAUCAAUUUUGGUGCCAUGUUACUAAAGAUAUUUGGAAAAUAUCAAUAGAUGAACGUAAAUUAUAUCGGCAUAUGUUUAAUCGAAUCGUAUCUAACUAUUACGAUCCGAUUAUAACAAACAUUUACACCAAUGCCAUCGAAUUAAACAAUACCAUGGAUGAGAAACGAUUACAGAAACUAUCUGAAGUCAUGAAAGGCGCCCCGGUUAUAGGUUUUUCUUGGAAGAACGCAAAAUGCCUUAAAAAAUUAUUUCAUGAUUCUUCGCCUGCAUCAACUCCUGUUUUUAUAGUGGAUGAAGCCUCAGAAAUACCAGAAGAUGAAAUUUCUUGCAUUAUUAACGAUCACGAAAAUCUUGAUCAUUUAGUUAUGAUAGGUGAUAUGAAUAGACGUUGUGGUAAUUCUUUAUUUGAGCGAUGGAUUUUAGAUGGUGGUAGACAUUAUAGACUUUCAGAGCAAAUUCGUGUACAUCCACAAAUAAACAAUCUUUUGAGUACUUUUCAUAAACGGAUUGCAGAUGAUUUUCCAUUUUUAAAAAACAAUUCACAAAUUACUGGUACUACAUCUAACGUUUAUUUUUUAAAUCAUCAGAACUAUGAUGAAGUUCCUGUUAGUGUAUCAAAAAAUAUGAUAAAUACCAUCGAAGCUGAAUUUGUCACAAGAUUUGCCUUCUAUCUUCACCAGCAAGAUGCUGAUUUUGACCCCGGAAAUAUAACCAUCCUCACUCCGUUUACUGCUCAAAGGGAGUUGAUUAAAAGUUUAUUAGCACCUGAACUUAUAAAAGAGAAAACUGUAAAAAUUCGUGAAAUAAUACCGAAGGAAGUAGGAAUGCAUAAUUAUGAACCUGAAUUUGCUCAAAAAAUAAUUGUCACUGAAAAGAAAUUAGGAAGGGUUAUUGUUCAAUUGAUUGAUGAUUAUCGCUAUGAGGAAAAUCAGAUAGUUAUUCUUUCUCUUGUUGCUGUUCCGCAACGAUGGCAGAAAGAAGCAUUAACGAUAUUGAGUACAAAGGACCUUGUAUAUACAGCUUUGUCUAGAGCAACUAGAGGCUUAUACAUUUUUGGAGACGGUGAUACACUAAAAAAUAUUCCAAUAUGGGCCGACAUCAUCAAAAAAACUAUUAACGAAAGUGCCUAUGGAUCAGAGCUUGUCCUUAGUUGUCAAAAUCACGGUGUUAAAACUAAAAUUAGCCAUCCUGAUCAUUUCAAGCAAUAUGUUCCUCUCGGUGGCUGUAUGGUAAAUAUUCUGAUAUACGGGGGUGAGUCAAUAGAAACCAAGCAAAUCAAGAUGCCCUGUGAAAAAAUGUUACUAUGCGGUCAUAAAUGUCCACGAAAGUGUCAUCCAAUUCCGCAUUCUCAAGAACGUGAUCGUUUCAAGUGUGAAGAGAAAUGUCAUAGGAAACCAGAAGUCCAGAUAGGGAAUUGUAACAAAAAACAAUCUCGUCAAGAUUUAAUUUAUGAAUGUACACAUCCUUGUGAACGCAAAUGUCACGAAUGUUAUGAAGAAGGUAGUUGUGGUAUCUGCGAAAAAGAGAUCGAUCAUAAGUUUGAUGGUUGUUGCCAUAAAACUACUAUUAAAUGUCAUGAGAGACGGUACAGGAAAUGUGAAGAUGAAACAAAUGUUAAGUUGAAAUGUGGACAUAUCGAAAAAGUACCUUGUCAUAAGCGACUUAAUGUGGAUGAGUAUAAAUGCACAAUGCCUAAAGAUGUCGAAAUUCCAACAUGCGGACAUUUUGUUCGCGUUGGUUGUUUUGUAACGAAUCCGGAGUGUAUAAAGCGUUGCGGUUACAUAUUACCCUGUGGUCAUAAAUGCGAAGAAAGAUGCGCGGCGCACAAAAAUUAUAUUCAUAGAAGAAGUGAUUGUAAACGUGAAUGCCCCAAGACUCUUGUUUGUGGGCAUAAAUGUAUUAAUGGGUGCGCAGAACCGGAUCAACAUUCCUCUUCAUGUAUGGAAGAGUGCACCUUCCAAUGUUUACAUGGUAUUGGAUGUCCAUUUCAAUGUAAUGAACCAUGUUUCGAAUGUUUGGAGAAUUGUCCGUUGACGUGUAAACACACCAAAUGCACUAAACGAUGUUGGGAAGAUUGUGAUCGACCUCCAUGUAAUAAACCAUGCACUGAAACCCUGAAAUGCGGACACAGUUGUAAUGGACUUUGUGGAGAACCAUGUCCUCCCUGUAAAAGGUGCUAUCCUAAUAUUGAAUGUCCUAUAACUUUAACAAAAAUCGGAGAAUUUUCUGAUGAAGAACGGUGCUAUAUGCUUCCUGAGUGUCAUUGUGUCUUUAUGGUUGAAGCUUUAGAUCAAUAUUUCAAUGAAAAACCAUCAGUUAUUUACACAGCUGGAAGGUAUAGCAAGUUUAUAAAGGAAGCUGUACGUAUGUGGAAUGUUGUCAAAUCACAACAAAAGCAAAAUGAGCUUACAGAAGAAGAAAAAGAACAAAUUAUUCAGGCGAUGGAUAAUGAGAUUCAAGAACUUUACGGAGAUGGGGAUCACGUUACGGGUCAUUGGUUUUGUUGUCCCAAUGGUCAUCCUUAUUAUAUUGGUGAGUGCGGGGGAGCUACUCAACGAUCAGUUUGUAAUGAUUGUGGUGCAAUAAUUGGUGGUACAGGGCAUAUAGUUGUUCCUUCGAAUUCUUUCUACGGAGAAUUUGAUGGAAGUGCCGCACCGGCAUAUCCUGGACAACCAGGAAGGCAACCAAAUCGAGAAGUUGUUUGA